AUGUUUAUAUUUAGAGACGAAAGUUCCGUAGAAGAUGGGAAACAAUUACUUUUGAGAGAGGUUGACCCAAUUCGCGAUUUAGAAAUAAUAAGUUCAGAACUUCGACUAAAAGAUUUGGCAUAUUUACAGCCAGCAUUAGAUAAAGUAGAGAAAUUAGCAAUUCGAGCAGGAGACAAAACAAAAAAAUUAGAAUAUGAUACUUUAAUUAAAGUAAAAGAAUUAUUGGCAACAAAAUUUGUUCGACAACACGAAUGGAACGAAAAAGAAAUUGAAAUUUUAAAUAAACAUUUAUUUUUAACUGCAAAACCAAUUGUCUAUUUGGUUAAUUUAUCUGAAACAGAUUAUAUUAAAAAGAAAAAUAAAUGGCUUCCAAAAAUUAAAUCUUGGAUUGAUUCUAAUGAUCCUGGAGGGGUAUUAAUUCCAUUUUCUGGUGCCUUUGAACUCAAAGCUAUUGAAAUGGACCCUGCAGCAAGAACAGAAUAUUUUAGUCAAACUGGUGUUAGUAGUGCUUUAGAUAAAAUAAUUAAAACUGGUUAUAAAGCUUUGUGUUUGGAAUAUUUCUUUACUGCUGGGAAGGAUGAAGUUCGUGCUUGGACAAUCCAAAAAGGAACAAAAGCGCCUCAAGCUGCUGGAAGAAUUCAUACGGAUUUUGAGAAAGGUUUUAUUAUGGCAGAAGUAAUGAAGAUUGCAGAUUUGAUGGAAUUAUUAAAUGAAAAUGCAGUUAAAGGAGCUGGUAAAUAUAGACAACAAGGAAGGAAUUAUGUAGUUGAAGAUGGGGAUGUUAUAUUUUUUAAAUUUAAUGCUGGUGCUGGUUUGACUGCUGCAAAGAAAAAAUAA